UAGAGACACGCGUGGGGUACACGCAGAGAAUAAAGUUCGUUAUCGUCUAUGGAAUUCUUCUUAAAAACAAAGAGGAUUUCUUUUCUUUUAUGUACAUUAUUUUAAUUUAUUAUUUUGCAUAUUUAAGAGAUAUAUGCAGUUUCAUGUUUAGAUGAUAUACAAUACAUUCUUGAUAGACACAGUAUUCAAGCUACGAAAACUAAACAAAAUACUACACUAUGACUUACUACACUAUGAUUUACGAGCACAAGUAAAUAAAUUUCAAAAUCAAAAAGUGGAAACAGCGCGAUGUCAUCUCGUGAAUUUCGAGAAAGAUGCGUGGAUUGUUGGACGACUCAAAAAAUGAAAAAAAAAAUAGCUAAACCAAGUUUAGUUCUGAUUCACUCACCGACAAAACCUGUUAAAAAUGGAAAAAAUCGAAGAAAAUUCCCAUCCUCUAAAGAUUGUUUUGUCGAGUUUUGCGUGAAGUCAGAUAUUUUUGAAGAACAAAGACUAAAACCAAAAAUCUCAGUUGGAUAUGAGUUUUGGAAGUACUUGAAAUAUGAAAAUAGUUCGAUUAAUGGAGAGAGGUAUUAUGUGAGUGUAAGCCACAUAACUAGGCAUUCUAUUAACAAUGAUUUGUUGGAUAACUUUUCAAUGUCUAAAGUUUGCUUGCAUCACCCUUUAAAUUAUGCAAAGUAUAAAGAUAUCCAACGCGAUUCAUUUGGUUUUUGGUUUCGAUUUUUUGGAAGCUCAUGCCGAUUUCAAAUUACCAUUGCAUUAAAAUGUGCCAAUGAUAGAACCAUAGACACAAUGGAAUUGAAUAUUGAAAAUAUUGAGAAUUUUGAUGCCACUCAAAGAAUUUCCAUUGUAGAAAAUGCCAGCAAGAAAUUAUAUGUUUGCAGGUUGUAUUCUGAUUAUGAAUAUAUUCGUGUUAUAAAUCUGCAUAUUGAGAUGCAAAGCAAAUGUGAUUGGAAAACAUGUAUUACUUUGGGAAAUGAAAUUUUGUCUACUCUACAAAGUGGAAAAUCAGAUCUGAAGGCCUGUAUCUUCCUUGAACAAAGCAAAGCCUUUUAUCAUUUGGGUGAUUUUACAUCUUCAAAAUCAUUGGUAAAGCAGGCACUGCAGACAAUAUCAUCUGAUAGUAGUAACAGAAACAUAUUGAUUGGUCGUGCUUAUGUUUAUCUUUCAUUUUGUCAUCUUUAUGAUUCUGCACUUGGAAAUACCGAAGAAUGCCUAAGGAUUGCACGUGAAAAAUUGCAUUAUUACAAACCCUGUGAAGAUACUGGUCUACUACAUUUUAUGGAGGCAAAUUUGUUGAUAUCUUUCCUUUUAAAGGUGCCAACAAGUUUUGGUGAAAAUCUUGUUUUACAAAUAAAGAAGAAACUUGAUUUGGUAAUUGAUCAUUUCUCACAAUCACUCAAUUCUACUAGUUCAAGAAUCAUGAACAAAAUCUAUCAUUGCAAAAUGUUGAAGGCAAUUGUGCUUCUUCAUGUGAUGUUCGACAAAGAAAGUGAAGCAUUUGCUGAAAACAUCAUUUCAUCAAAAACAGUCUUUUCUCUAACCAGCGACAAUGAAUGUCGAUUCAAUCUUAUAAAAAUUCUUACUUCAUGUAAAAGAAAUUUUGACAAUUCAGACAGAACACUGUUAGAAGACGCUUUAAAUUUUGCUGAAAAGUGUGGGUUAUUUCUAGAAAAGCAGUUGAUAAUUAAAUGUGUGUGGAAAAAAUGAGAUACUUCAAAUUGACAUCAUAGAAUUUAAAUUAUGCUACAUACAAUGUUUAUUUUUGAAACACGGUGAUACACAUAAUGUAAAAUUUGAUACUUAAAUAAGUGCAUAUCUUGAAAUAGCAAAACUGAAUAAAUUAGGAUAGAAUUUUCAUAUACGUACAUGUACAAAUAAAAAAUUUAAUAAUA